AAGAUAGAGGUAUGGAUAGGAAGAAGUUGGGCAUGGGGAAUCUGUUAGGAUGGCUCGUGACCUUCUUCUUCCUCAUCUCUCUCCUCUCCAUUAUCUGUUAUCAGCUCAUAUGUCUUAUUGAUUUGGAAAUCGAUUACAUCAAUCAUUACGAUUCCGCGGCACGGAUAAACAAAUUCGUGGUGCCGGAGUUCAUAAUCCAAGCCGUUUUCUGUUUAGCCUGUUUAAUCACAGGACAUUAUCUCCUUUGUUUCCUGUCUCUCCCAUAUUUAUACUAUAAUUUCAGUUUGUAUAGGAGGAGAAAACAUUUAGUUGAUGUAACAGAGAUAUUUAAUCAGCUUAACUGGGAAAAGAAGCAACGACUUAUCAAACUUGGCUAUCUUUCUAUGCUUUUUUUUGUUUUUAUCUUUUGGUUGAUUUGGACCGUAGGAACUGAUAAUUAUUAAACACAGGCUUUUG